AUGGAAGUAGCUGGUGAAGUAGACGAUGAUGUGUUUUUUGCAGACUUAAGCAAGCAAAUUUCUCAACUAAUCAUGGAUGACGAAGAAGAUCCAGUGGCUCAUUUUCCUCGUGUUACUCUCCAGGUUCUCCAUCACCUUCUCUUUUACAGUUUUUUAUACAUAAGAAUCGAUCUAUUAUUAGUCGGCCUAGCCACAAAGGCCUUCUCUCAAGCACUGCAUCCAAUAAGACAACCACCAUUUUUGUAUGAUCAAAUAAGCAGAAGAGAAGGCAAAGGAACUGGGGUUUUUAUCCCUCGUUCGUCUAACCCAAGAAGGAAGAACAGACAAGGAAGAUCCACUUCAUCCAACAACAUCAAUGUCCAGAGACACAUUGAUAACUCAAGAGGGCUUCCUAAUAAUACCUCAACGAGGAGUGAGGCAGACCAGGGAGGCACCGAUCAGUGCUCAGGCGACCAAGGGAACCAGUCCAUCAGUGUUCAGUAUCAGGCGGCUCACCAACGACAGCGAUCAGUGCUCAGGCGGCUUACCAGCGACACAGCGCUACCCUUCGUCUCACCAGCGACAACGAGGCAGCACUCAGGCGACACUCAGGCUUUAAUCCUUCAAAAUACAAUCUAUACAUCAUAA